AUGGGCUUCAGAUACACAGAGUACCUGGACGGCCAGGUGUACCGAUGCAAAAAGUGCGGCCAACAUCUGACCACCCACGACGAUCUCAUGUCCAAGAGCUUCAAAGGGGCCAUGGGAACGGCCUACCUGUUCAAAAAGGUGGUCAACAUCCAGGAGCAUGAAGUGGUGGAGAAGGAGAUGACCACGGGUAAGCAUCUGGUCUGCGACAUCACGUGUGGAGAAUGUACGACAACCCUGGGGUGGAAGUACAUUAAGGCGUUUGAGAAGCAGGAAAAGUACAAGGAGGACAAGUACAUUCUGGAAAAGUACUUCAUGACCGCGCCCAGACUGAGUCAGCAGAGGUUUGUUUGA